AUGUCGGAGGAAGUGAUAAAACACUCUGUACACACAUUGGUGUUCAGAUCAUUGAAACGAUCCCAUGAUAUGUUUUUAUCUAACCAAGGAUUGUUACCGCCAAUUGAUGAUAAAGCGGAGAAAGUACUAAAAGGAGUGAAAGCUCGUGACAGUUAUGGUCAGGUGAUGGACACAGUGCAGAUUGCUCAGGCAGUCAAACAGCAAGACAUUACACGGAUGCAGACCGAUAUCACUAGUGAUAAUGGUCUUGCUAAGGACAUCGAGGAUGACACACUGUCACUGCAUGGAGAAUUAGCAGAAACGGCAGCACUUGGAUCAGAAGCAGCCCUCGUACCCUUUACUGGUCCAACACCUACGGCAGCCGCACCAUCAGGAGCUCUGGCAGUGCCACGGAAACCUCCAGCAAUGCCCAAACCCAAGUGGCAUGCACCUUGGAAGUUGUUCCGUGUUAUAUCUGGACAUUUGGGCUGGGUGCGGUGUGUAGCUGUUGAACCUGGCAAUGAGUGGUUCGCCACAGGUGCUGCGGACAGAGUGAUAAAGAUCUGGGACUUGGCGAGUGGCAAGCUGAAGGUAUCGCUCACUGGACACGUCAGCACCGUCCGAGGCUUAGAAGUAUCAUCAAGACACCCAUACUUGUUCAGUUGUGGUGAAGACAGGCAAGUCAAAUGUUGGGAUUUGGAAUAUAAUAAGGUCAUACGUCACUACCACGGCCACUUGUCGGCAGUGUACACGAUAUCCCUGCACCCCACCAUCGACGUGCUGGUGACGGCCGGCCGCGACGCCACCGCGCGCGUCUGGGACAUGCGCACCAAGGCCAACGUACACACGCUCACCGGACACACCGACACCAUCGCCUCACUCGCCUGCCAGGCCGCUGAACCACAGAUCAUAACCGGCUCCCAUGACUCAACAAUUCGUCUCUGGGACUUAGCAGCUGGGAAAUCGAUGUGCACACUAACAAACCACAAGAAAUCAGUUCGUUCCAUCGUCGUACACCCAACACUAUACACCUUCGCAUCUGCUUCGCCGGACAACAUCAAACAAUGGAAGUGUCCGGAAGGAAAGUUCAUUCAGAACUUGUCUGGCCAUAAUGCUAUCGUGAACUGUAUGGCUGUCAACCCUGAAGGUGUUUUAGUCAGUGGUGGAGAUAACGGUACAAUGUACUUCUGGGAUUGGAGGACCGGGUAUAAUUUCCAGAGGUUGCAGGCGGCCGUCCAACCAGGCUCAAUGGACUCUGAGGCCGGUAUCUUCGCGAUGACAUUCGACAACUCGGGCUCCCGUCUCAUCACGACGGAGGCUGACAAGACAAUCAAGAUAUACCGUGAAGACGACACGGCGUCCGAGGAGACGCAUCCCAUCAACUGGAGACCAGAGAUCUUGAAGAGAAGGAAGUUCUAG